GCGCGCAGCAAUCGAAUGCGGCGUGCUGGAAGAUCUUGUUGCUUGCAGAUCUUGUGUCCUGCAGCCUACGCUGACGUAGCUCGCCAUCCUGAUGUCACUGCUCCUUGUGUGACGUGACACAGAGCAUGAGCCUUGGGUCUCUUUGUCCCUCCUGACCUGGGUGUACCUGCAGGAUGGCCUCGCCCCUUAGGAGCAAAUCCUUCGCCCCGCGAGUGGAAGGCACCCGCCACAAGGAAACGUCGACUGUCCGCGUGGAGACGUCGUCCCACCGCGAGGAAACAUCAUCCCACCGCGUGGAGACGUCCUCCCGUCAGGUCCGAACGUCUUCCCGUCAGGUGGAGACCUCUCAGCUCCACCGAGAGGGACCCUGCCUCACCUCCUCCGCGAAGCGACUCCCUAGAUUCCUCGAGGUAUCCUCCCAGCACGUGGAAACCUCCUCGCAGUGCACGGAGACGUCCUCCAGCCACGUCAGGGCGUCGUCAUCCCUGCGGGUGGAGACGACUGUGCACCGUGUAGAGAGCCCAGCCAGGCGGGACAAGCAAGCUGCUCGCCAGAGUGCCAAAAAGGCCCGAUGAAGUGCUUCCCAAGGGCCAUGGCCCUUAGCCAGGACUGAAGUGUUUCCAGUUGCCAGCCAGCCAGCUUCCAGGCGAGCCAAGUAUCUUUGGUUUCAUGGAAACGGCCCAUAAAUCAGUGUAAGAAACUGGCUGUGGUUUCUGGGAGCUGCCAACAUGUAUUGAAACUGCAGCACCUUAGACCACCCUGCUAUUGACCCAGUGUAUUAUUU